AUGGACCGCCUAAAAGACAUCCUGCUCUACAUUUGGAACUUCCGCUAUCUCCCUCUCAAAUACCGGUGGUCUCUCAUCAAAUGGAGGCGCCGCCUCUUGCCGACGAGGAGUGGGCUCGGACUUCGAAACGCACUGCGCAAUGCCCGCUCACUCAAGAACCCGCCAGUACCACACCCUUACCUGUUCGUCCUCCGGCUCCUCUGGCCCUUCCCAACUUGGUACUACCCGGCCGUGCUCCCGCCACCGCCGCGGGAAAUCAUGGCCAACCCACGCAGGGUCAGCUGCCAGGCCCGCGACCUGAUCUAUCUCCGCUCAAUGCCGCUCUGGCGGGCGCGCGACACGCCACAACGGUCGUUUUAUCGUCUAUACGAGGCCCUUUGCGCCGCGGACGAGCACAUGAUUACCUAUGAAACCGAGUACUUCUGGCGCCAAUCAUCACCGCGCUGGGCCACGGCCAACAUCCCGGACCCCCAGUGCGAAGACCUAGAGCAGUACGCUGUCAUGGCCUCGUUGGCCGAGGUCUUGGUCAAGUCGUUCAUGUGGCGUCUCGAACUCGGUCUGCGGCGCCAUGAUACAGCGAUCAUGAACCGCAACGUCGACCCUCCCCCGUUUGUGCCGGAGGUUUGCCCUUCGUGGACAGCCAAGGUGCCGCCAUUGACGGAAAAACUUGCCAUAGACCCGGAGGAGGCGGACAGGUACUUCGACAGCCCGUUCCACCAUCGUAACAUCUACACGGCGACCGGCUCAUUCUACACAGUCUGA